GCUUCCUCUGCGCUCACCACCCAAAGCAGCGCCACUUUAACGCAGGGAUCGCCUCAACCAUAAAAGAAAACCAUUUUGCGGUGUGCGUAUCAGAGACCGCUGCUACUGCUCGCUAAAAGCUCUCCCCCUUCCUCCUACCACUCGCCGCCUACUCCGUGCAGUGUAUUCAUAUCUCCCCAAGGAAAGCUUUCCCAGCAAUUGGUGUCAGCAUGUCUCAAUUUCCUCCCGUCUACAUUGUUUCCGCAGCCCGCACGCCCGUCGGCCAGUUCUUAGGCUCGCUCUCUGCUCUCUCUGCGCCGAAGCUUGGCUCGCACGCCAUCAAGGCCGCUGUUGAGCGCGCAGGCAUAAAGCCUGAGGAUGUUGAGGAGGUCUUCUUUGGCAAUGUUCUGUCUGCAAACCUUGGCCAGAACCCAGCUCGACAAUGCGCUUUAGGCGCGGGCCUCUCCGAAGCCACCGUCUGCACAACUGUCAACAAAGUAUGCGCUUCGUCGGUAAAAGCCAUCAUCCUCGGUGCACAAACCAUCAUGACUGGCACUGCGAGCAUUGUCGUCGCUGGUGGUACUGAGUCCAUGUCCAACACCCCGCACUACCUCCCCAAUAUGCGCACAGGCGCCAAGUUUGGCGACCAAUCUCUCGUCGAUGGCCUGCUGAAGGAUGGCUUAACCGACGUGUACAAGAACGAGCAUAUGGGCUUGCAAGGCGAAGAGUGUGCGCAGGAUCAUGGGUUCAACAGAGAACAGCAGGACGAUUACUGCAUACGCAGCUACAAGAAGGCGCAGAAGGCGCAGGAAGCUGGAUGGUUCAGAGAGGAGAUUGCGCCUAUAGAGUUGCCAGGAGUGAGAGGAAAACCAGGUGUUAUCGUGGAUAAGGAUGACGAGCCAAAGAACUUGAAUGAGGAGAAGACGAGGACUCUUCGCCCGAGUUUCAAAAAGGAUGGCACAGUUACAGCGGCUAAUGCGUCUCCUCUCAACGACGGCGCCGCAGCAGUUGUUCUUGCGUCGGAAGAAGAGGUCAAAAAACGUGGACUGAAACCACUGGCAAAGAUUCUCGGCUGGGGUGACGCAGCCCAGAACCCGUCCAAAUUCACUACUGCACCAGCCCUUGCCAUUCCCAAGGCGAUCAAGCACGCCGGCAUUACAGAGGACCAAGUUGAUGCAUACGAAAUCAACGAGGCGUUUAGCGUUGUGGCGCUUGCGAACAUGAAGCUGCUCGGCCUAAGUGAGGACAAAGUCAACUUACAUGGCGGAGCUGUUGCUCUGGGUCACCCCCUCGGCGCCAGCGGAGCCAGAAUUGUCACAACGUUGCUUGGUGUGCUAAGAGAGAAGAAACUGAAAAUUGGAUGCGUCGGUAUCUGUAACGGCGGCGGCGGCGCCAGCGCUUUGGUUGUCGAGAGCUUACAGUAGACAACCGACGUACAAAAUCGCUUGAAGCUGUAGCUAAAUCCCAUAAUUUAAAUGAUCAGACAUGUGAAUGAUAAAUGCUACCUUUCAA